CAAAUGUACCUCUCAAACCAAAAAUACUCCAAUACUUGGGUGCGGACUGCAGUGUAAUAAAUUAAGUUAAUCAACCCUGCGGUGCCGAUCACGGACGUCAUCACAGUGGGGUAUCAAAACGAUCAAUGAGCUUAUGAAGUGUACUGUACGGAAUAGUCUAUUUAACCUGCGUCCUCAACUGCCAUCUUCAAUUCAAUCGGUUAAUCUACUAUGUAAUCUAUUAAUCUACCACCACCAGUGACAAAAACAACUCAUAAUCCAUCUCCUUAACCAGUUGAUCAUUGAGUUUGGAGGACUUGCCGAAGACCACCCAACUAGCCAGUGGGGCGAUCGAUAAGCAGCUCAUUCUUACCUACAAACAAGCAUCCGUCUACGCGAGUCAUCUCAGGGAUCAUCCUCUCCCAAUCACACAGGUAUUGUUCUUCAACAAAAUAAAUCAUGCUUCCUCCCGAGCGCAUCGUCACGUCGGUCUUCUCCUCCCAGCACCCCAUCGGGCGUUCCGCAGAGCGGGCGCAUCGACCGGAGGCAGCCGGGUCCGCCAGACGACAGCCCUUUCCCGCAUGGAGCGUGGUCGACGAGACCAAGAAGAAGGCCGAUGCGUUCGCUCACGAAGCGUCGAGAGAAUUCGACGUCGUCAGUCAAAAGGCCCAGGCCAAGACCGGGAAGAUCGAACCCUGGACGCCCAAGUACUACGCCUCUUGUAUAGUGGGUGGACUGCUGGCCUGCGGCCUUACCCACACGGCGGUGACUCCCCUGGAUCUCAUCAAAUGUCGCCGUCAGGUGGACCCGCAGCUGUAUAAGAGUAACGGCGAGGCGUUUCGAACUAUCCGCACUGCGGAGGGCAUCAGGGGAGUGUUUACGGGCUGGAGUCCUACAUUUUUCGGAUACAGCGCCCAAGGAGCGUUCAAAUACGGUGGGUACGAGUUCUUCAAAAAGUUCUACAGCGAUAUGGUUGGGGUUGAAAAUGCCCAACGGUGGAAGACAUCGCUGUAUCUGGUCGCCAGCGCGUCGGCGGAGCUGAUUGCGGACGUGGCGCUGUGCCCGUUCGAGGCUGUCAAGGUGCGCGGGCAGACGACCAUCCCGCCCGAUAUCCGGUCCACCUUUGGCGGGAUCUCCAGCGUGAUGGCCAAGGAAGGCGUCAGUGGUCUCUACAAGGGACUCUAUCCCCUGUGGGGACGACAGAUCCCGUAUACGAUGAUGAAGUUCGCCUCGUUUGAGACCAUCGUGGAGCUCAUCUAUAAGAAUUUGCCAGGCAAAAAGACGGAUUACAGCAAGGGGGCCCAGACGGGUGUCGCCUUCACCGGUGGGUACAUUGCUGGUAUUCUGUGUGCGGCGGUCUCGCACCCUGCCGAUGUGAUGGUCAGCAAGCUGAACGCCAACCGCCAACCGGGCGAGGCGUUCGGUGCUGCCAUGAGCCGGAUCUAUAAAGAAAUUGGUUUCGCGGGACUGUGGAAUGGACUCCCGGUCCGAAUUGUCAUGAUCGGAACCUUGACCGGACUGCAAUGGAUGAUCUACGACUCCUUCAAGAUCUUCAUGGGUCUUCCCACGACCGGAGGCGGCCCAGCCGCGCAAAAGAAAGAGUGAGUGAGGCUGCGUCAUGUCGAUCUCUUAAUCUUGCCCAUCUUGAACGGGUGGAGACCGUAGCCAAAGUCGCCGUAGUCUUUUCUUUAUCUCUGUUUGUUUUCAUAUUGUGCUUUGUGUGUACUUACCACCAGACUGUAAUUGUAUUCUCCACUCCUUUUCUA